UUGGGGUUCAAAUUUUGCGGUUUCAGGCUCACGGUUUUCCAAAAAUAUAUUAAUAAAUCAUGCAUUUUCAUGGUUAAAUAUGGCUCAUUAUUCAAAAAAUAUACACAUUGAAGCACAUUUUUCACAUUUGUUGCCUAAAUUAAGCAUCUUCCAACAUAAAAAAUACAUAUAAGGCAUUCAAAGUUGCUGUGAAUAGUAUUGUACACUGGUUACUAGGUGUCAGUAAUGUUACUGUAAUGUUCGGUGAGUCACAAACACCAGACUUGAUCGCCUUUUAUUGCAGGUUUGAAUGAUCUAACGGGCAUAAUAAUCCCCAAUAAAAACCCGGGCUACUGUUGCUGCAGUAACUCACGCCAAGCUAAGACUCAACUCUGAAUCCCCAAUGUCCCUUGCUCUCAGCACGCCAUUCGGCUCUCCUCGGGAACACAUUUAUAGCAACACACAUGAGCGCGACUCUUAUCUGUCUUAAAUGGCUACUUUACUCUCAUUGUGUGUGCUAUAUGGGAUAAAAUGAGUGUAAAGGUGACGAUAGGGGUGUUAUUUUAUGUCUAGAGGGCUCUAUUAAUGUUAAACAUAUUUGGAAGGUCGCAAGCUGGUUUACUUUGUUCUAACUACGAACAUUUAUUUACAAAUAAGGAAUCCUACUUAGCGGAAAUACACUUAUCACGAUAAAAGAGGGAUUACUGUAAAAUUAAUCUUAUGUGCUGUCAUAUGAAACUGGUGUGACUUGAACGCAUCAUAAAGGAGCCUACAGUCAGUCAGUCACAUUUCGUCUGCCUGGGUUGCUACUGCGGUGCGAAAUCUGUGCCAAGAGUCGCUCCUGCGGGGUCACAACACUGAAAUCCAUUGACUUCAAUCCAGGCAGAGCAAAUAUGACGUGAUUCCUAAAUGGGGUGGAAAAAAACUCAUAAGAAUUCAUGAUCAUUUAAAAGCCUUGGCAUUGUGUUAAUGGAACGCUACAGAAAAUAUGUAAUAAGAGCUUGGUAUGCAGUUAAGACACUUGUAACAUGGCUAUUCACAUUCAAAGUAUUAACACAUUCUUGCCAGCAGUUGUGCCACACAUAGGCACACUAUCUUCUAGUAUGGCUCCCAUAAACAAAAUCGCUCAUGUAAAUGAAUAAAAUGUACUAUAUUUUUAGUAGGGAUACUCGGAUCGAUCAUCCCCCAAUCAAAAUCAGAUGAUUUUUGUGAAAAAGCACAUGAUUAGCAUAUGCCGAUCACCACUGGCUCAAACUAUUGCAGCAUGCAGCCAGUAACGCGCGCCUCCCGUCCACUUUCUGUUGUUUAAUCACUUAAUCUAUGUGAUCGGUAUCAGCUAAUUUCACUCAGGGAUAAACGUAUCGGAAUCGGCAACAUAAAACCCUGAUCGGGGCAUCCUUAACUUUUACAGAACAUAGUCUUCAGUACAUGCGAUCUGUUUGGUCUGCAGAACUGUAGACAACCAAAAUAAGUCUUCACCUGUAGGCCUUGUUGGAUUCUAUGACAUUUCCAUGUAGAGUAAUAGUGUGCAGAUGUGAAAGAACUCCCAGCUUGUCCACCUCCGAUAAUGUGAAAAUGCGGUUGCCGUGAAGAUACAACACCCGCAGUUGAGGCAGCUCACACAAAACCUGGAAACACAAACACAUUAAACACCCAAUAUUAAAUAACAGAUGUGUGUAAGAGUAUGCUGCUUUUCCACUGCACAGUACCACUUCAGCUCUACUCGCUAAUGUUUGGGGCAGUCUGCUUCCCACUUAAACAGCACCACAGGAAUUUGCAGAAUGAACACAUCAGUCAGAAGGUUUCGAAGUGCAAUUUUGAAUUAUUUUAUUUUAACAGUAUAUGAACGCAUUGAGUUCGGUGCUUUGUUGUACAUGUAUGUUAUCUUAUUUACUACUGCUACCAGUAGAGGGUGUAGUAUGCUCAUGUUGAAGACGUGUGCAGGUCCAUCUGAUCUGUGUGUUUACGUGCGGUACAAGCAAUGAGGAACCCGCAGCAGAAAAUAGCGGGCCAAAUAUAGCGCCACAACAGUCCUUAUUGGUUAAGAGCGAACACGCCCAUUGUGUUCUGUGUCCUGAUUGGCUGUAACCCAUUGUCAAUCAAUCUCCGUACCGUCGCUGGCAAACUGCAAACUCCAUGAGUUGCUUGCUAAUCGCCAAUAAACAACAGAAGAAGAAGAAGCAGAAGCUAAACAGACUAAAUGAAUUUUCGGUUAAAGAAGUAGGACGAGGAGGAUGACGACGGCAGGAGCAAUAUGUUUUAACAAGGUGUUGAAAAGGGGGGAAUUGCUUCUUUUAGAGUUGGGACACCAUGGAAAGAUUCCAGUCAGAGAAUCAUUUUAUCAUUUUUAUUAUGUAGGUGGAUGGGCUCUUUAGGAAAGGGUGUUAGUCCAGAUGAAAUUGGGUUUGUCCAAAUGAGUGGAUUUGUCCAAGUAGAUGUGUGUGUCCAAAGGAUUGUAUGUGUGGUAUUGUUGAGUCACACAAUGCACACACAGGAUGGACACUUCCUACUCCACACGGGAAGCAAGAUCUACCGUAACUAGCAAAACUGCUACCAGUGCUCAGCUAGCGCCAUUCUAAGAAGGUUGCAUUCAAGUGCAUCACGUACCUCCCAGGCACAAUUUGCUGCUGCGUUCAUAGACACUUGGACAUCACAGAAAAAGGCUACAAAUGUUGUUACUUACAACAGACAUCAAUGUUACACAAACAGACUUUCAGACACAAGGAUACAAAAACGCUACAGCAAACGGUGCCAGGACGAAGCACGGUCAGAGCAGAGGAUAUGGUGAGUCACUUAAUAACAUAUGGUGUCCAAUGUAGUAGAUUGAUAAUUAAAAUUCAAAUGAAAUUUGAACUUUCGUAGUGUUUAAAAUGGGAGAAAAUGUUAUUGCCUGUUGGAGAAAAGUGUAUUAAGUGUAUUGUGAGGGGUUUUUCAGCCUUAAAACAUAAUUGUAAACAAAUAGUUGGCUACUUCGGAUUUCACUUGUUGUGGGCUGUCUUGGAACCUAUCCCCCGCGAUAAACAAAGGAACACUGUACUGUGAGACUGUUGCAACAGGUGAUGCUAACGUUGGUGUGUGUGUCUUUAUUGCUGUCAUUUCAAACUGUUUAUCCUGAAAUGUUAAAAUGAGAAAUCUGCUCAACCAAUGACUACAGUCAUACAGUGUCAUUUUUUUCAAAUAGAAAGAACAAUCAGGUGAAUGUACAAUAGAGAGAACUCACUUUGUCUAUGUUUGUGAUCUGGUUAAAAGAAAGGUCCAGCCAGGCGACUUGAGAUGGUUUAGCCAGAAAGUGGCUGAUGGUCUUCUGGAGGUCAUAAAGAUUUGUAAUGUUGUUGUUAUUCAGGCGCAGGGAGCCACUUUGGAACUUCCCUUCUGAAUUUCUCUUUAAAGGCCGCAGACCACUGCUGGGUUCUUCUGACUGUGCAUCUGUAAAUGUAUGCACAUGCACAAUGACCUUAAGGCAGUCAUGUACUGUACUGGUUUGAAACAAACGUUAAUGUGCAAUAUUGAACUGUUAUCAAAAGUACAGUAUGUUUGAAGCCUAUUCAAAUAAAUGAGGACUACACACGUUAGUUUAUCUUAACUUAUAAUACUGGGUAACAGAAUUGAAAAAGCUAAAUACAUUGGAAUGUGAAGCAACAGUGUUGCUAAAAUGAUGGAGUGACUAUAUAAGAAUGAGAAAAAAUGGAGUGAAUCUAUAUGAAUGAGAAACAAGUGAUUCAGAUGGCAAUUUAAACCUUAAAACAGUACCUGCCAAAUUGCUGAUGGCUUUAAAGGAUAAAUCCACUGGAGCGCCAUACAUAUUCAUAAGGACUCACCUGUGAUUAAAAAGAAUGGUGAGGCAACCAAACCAUUUUUUUCUUUUGCUUUACAAUACAACAACAGACGUUUACCUGUAGCGAAGUCAACAAAUGGUUUCCAGGGUAACGUGUAGGUAGGUCACGUAGUUUAGGUUUCUUUGUACAGCAUCUAUGUUGAUAAAAAUACACGCCGAUCAUCAAAAAAUCGUUUUCAUAAUUUUGAUAUAAUGGAUGACGGUGAUUGUUUAUGUUUAAAAAAUAUUUCAGCAGCAUUCGCCUCGAGUGGUACGGCCGGACGUCCGGCUUGAAUAAACAACCACCAUGUUCAGAUAACUUCCGGCUUUUUACCCAAUCUCCGUCCCCCAUUUUUCAAAAGCCUCGCGAGAUGAGCUCUGAUUGGGUAUAUGUUUCCGUGUAGCGCUAGUGAGGCUGUGAUUGCCUAUGGUGAUUGCGGCCAAAACACCACUGAAAGGGGGCGGUAAUGCACCAAAGUGACGAUUGCCAACCGCCAUAAAACCGAGGAAGAAGAAGGAGACUAGCUGUGAUUGGCUAACUUACCUUCAUACGCCCGUUUUGAAUUUGUGCGAUGUGUGACAGUUUAACUCGCGGCAGUUGGCCUUGUGAGUAAACAGAGAGUUUGUGCGCUUGUACUUUUCGGAUAACGAGGAGGAAUAUAGAAGGCUAUAUAUAUUACUUAACUUCCAAGGUUCGAACCCUUCGCGAUAAAUGGUCCGCCAAGAUGAGUCUUAAUCUCGGGAUUAAGGCUCUUCUCAGAUGGGUCAACAGUAUAAACGCUUCCCACCGAGAUGCUAGUAUUGAAGAGCUUCAAGAUGGGGAGAUUUUACUUCAUGUUGUUUUCAAGCUGAAAAAGGAGCCAAACCCUUUAUUUUCCACAAUUGAAGAGCGCUUUAAAGUAAUUGCAGAAUUUGUUGAAAAGGAUUGCAGAUUUAGUCCAACCAAAGGCACAUCAUUGUCCUGGGACAACAUACGAAAUGGCUCCAACCUCACUGUAGAAAUUGCAAAGGUGCUUCUGCUGUUGGUUUACCAGGACAUGAUGAAUGAUCGGUGCACACUCGAUACCUUGGAGUGUGAUGUGGAGAGGGAGCUUGCAAACCUGACAGGUUCUUUUGUGAUGGAGAGUGACGGCUGUGUUUAUCUCAACAGUGGACUUGAUGGCUACCUGGCAAAGCGACUUUUACCUGUGUCUCGUGAAAUAUUCGAGCAAGCAGGAAGUGCCUCCAUCUCCAGCACGUCGACCAUCUCCUCCAUCUCAGACACUGACUCUCCCGUGUUCCACCGCUCGCAGAAAAUCACGUUUGUGGAUGUGCACACGGUGGCGUCGUCUUCAGCCAGCAAAUCUCCUCUUCAGGAUAUAAUGAACACUCCCAAAUUCCAGCUGAGGAAGCUAAAAAGACAGAUGUUCAAGGAGAGAGAUUAUAUAGAUGGACUGGAGAGGGAGCUCGCCAGCAAGAUUGCACUCAUUGCACAGAGAGAAUCUCAUAUUAACCAGUUGCAGUAUUGUCUGGACAAGCUGAAAAAUGAGCAGAGUGAUCAAGAGCAGGUUGCCAGGGAGCAAAUCGGUGAACUUGAGACCAAGAAUAGCUCGUUACGAAUGCGACUCAGUGAGAUUAUAAAACAAAAUAAAGACUGGAAAAGCAACUCCUUGCUGAUGGAGCGAAAAGUGACUGAACUCGCAGAGGAGAACGGCAUCCUCUCUUCCAAGGUGCGUGCAGCAUCUUCACAGCUGACCAUCUUUGAAGCUGAGGUUGGCAGGUUGACGCAAUCCGAAGCAUCUGCGCAAGAGGAAUGGAGAACCAGAACAGACUACCUCCAGUCUGAACUCAAACAAGCCACUGCUGAAAAGGAGCUCCUGAAUGAACAGAUUCUGAUUCUGCAGGGAAAGAUUUCAUGUUUAGAGGAUGAAAUUAGGAAAGCUGCAAAUGAAGUCAUAGGAGAAAACUUGGGGCCUAUAAUGGAGAGAGACCAACUGGAGAGUGACAUUUGUCGUUUGAAGAACGAGCUGGACAGCGCGUUUGGCUGCUUGAAGACAGCUGAGGCCAAUGUGGAGGCAAAAACGCAGCAGCUGGCCGAAUAUGAACAAAAAAUUGCUCAACAGAAGGAACUCCUGGAACAACAGAAGUCCCAAAUUGAAGCAGUUGUAAAACUCAAAGAACGUCACGCUGAGAAAGAGAAUCUCCUCCUCGGGGCUGAAGAGAAGCUCGACUUGCUUCAGACUGAGUUGGCUGCUGUCAAAACUCAAGCGGCUGAAAAAGACCACAGCCUGGACACACUCCGUGCUGAGGUUUCUGCCCAAGCUCAUUUGCUUCAAAAGGCAAACGAGGAGGCUCAAAGCACUGCUAACGUGCUAGCUACGAUCCAGGAAGAGUCCUCCAAACAAACACAUGAACUUCAGCAGGAGAUACAGCAACGCAAAGGAGAGCUGGAAGUCAUUUCUCUCAAACUUAAGGAAAGAGAGCAUCAGUUAUUUGAACGUCAACAGGAGUCUGCUCAGCUCAUUGAACAACUUCAGCUUCAGCUUGUUUCAGUCGGUGCAGAUUUGAAGCGACACAAAGAAGCACAAGAUGAAACCCUCAAACAGAGAGAAGGAGACCUGGAGCUUCAAGUUGUUCUUACCAGAGAAAAGGAGGCACUUGCUCAGGAAAAAGAAGACCUCUUGGCCAAGGUACUCCAGGCACGCAAUGACCAGAGAGCCCUGGAGAAACAAGUGGAAGUGCUGGUUCUGGAGAAGGAGAGACUUGUUCAAACCAAGCAGGCCACAGACCGAGAGAACAUGGCCUCACGUAAGCUGGAACAGAUUCUAAAGCAAGAUCUUGAACUACUAAAAGUGGAGAAAUUGAAGCUUGUGAAUGAGCUGGAAAAAAACGAGGCGCUAAAGAAAGAUCUUCAGGAGCAGCUUGCAGCUAAAUCAGAAGCUGUCGAACACUACAAGGCUCAGGUGCGUGCAGCAUCUUCACAGGUGACCAUCUUUGAAGCUGAGGUUGGCAGGUUGACGCAAUCCGAAGCAUCUGCGCAAGAGGAGUGGAGAACCAGAACAGACUACCUCCAGUCUGAACUCAAACAAGCCACUGCUGAAAAGGAGCUCCUGAAUGAACAGAUUCUGAUUCUGCAGGGAAAGAUUUCAUGUUUAGAGGAUGAAAUUAGGAAAGCCGCAAAUGAAGUCAUAGGAGAAAACUUGGGGCCUAUAAUGGAGAGAGACCAACUGGAGAGUGACAUUUGUCGUUUGAAGAACGAGCUGGACAGCGUGUUUGGCUGCUUGAAGACAGCUGAGGCCAAUGUGGAGGCAAAAACGCAGCAGCUGGCCGAAUAUGAACAAAAAAUUGCUCAACAGAAGGAACUCCUGGAACAACAGAAGUCCCAAAUUGAAGCAGUUGUAAAACUCAAAGAACGUCACGACGAGAAAGAGAAUCUCCUCCUCGGGGCUGAAGAGAAGCUCGACUUGCUUCAGACUGAGUUGGCUGCUGUCAAAACUCAAGCGGCUGAAAAAGACCACAGCCUGGACACACUCCGUGCUGAGGUUUCUGCCCAAGCUCAUUUGCUUCAAAAGGCAAACGAGGAGGCUCAAAGCACUGCUAACAUGCUAGCUACGAUCCAGGAAGAGUCCUCCAAACAAACACAUGAACUUCAGCAGGAGAUACAGCAACGCAAAGGAGAGCUGGAAGUCAUUUCUCUCAAACUUAAGGAAAGAGAACAUCAGUUAUUUGAACGUCAACAGGAGUCUGCUCAGCUCAUUGAACAACUUCAGCUUCAGCUUGUUUCAGUCAGUGCAGAUUUGAAGCGACACAAAGAAGCACAAGAUGAAACCCUCAAACAGAGAGAAGGAGACCUGGAGCUUCAAGUUGUUCUUACCAGAGAAAAGGAGGCACUUGCUCAGGAAAAAGAAGACCUCUUGGCCAAGGUACUCCAGGCACGCAAUGACCAGAGAGCCCUGGAGAAACAAGUGGAAGUGCUAGUUCUGGAGAAGGAGAGACUUGUUCAAACCAAGCAGGCCACAGACCGAGAGAACAUGGCCUCACGUAAGCUGGAACAGAUUCUAAAGCAAGAUCUUGAACUACUAAAAGUGGAGAAAUUGAAGCUUGUGAAUGAGCUGGAAAAAAACGAGGCGCUAAAGAAAGAUCUUCAGGAGCAGCUUGCAGCUAAAUCAGAAGCUGUCGAACACUACAAGGCUCAGAUGGAAAAGGCAGCGAGUCACUAUAAUGACAAGAAGCAGCUUCUCAUUGCUAGCCAAGAGGAAACGUCCGAGCUCAAGCAUUCGCUGGAAGUGAGAGAGCGUGAGUUGACGGCCACGGCUAUGGAAAACAAGCUGCUUCAACUGGAUUUGGAAAAGGCUAAAAGCCAGGAAAAAAACAUGUUAAACAAGCUGGCUGAUUUGGAGGCACAGUUGGCCUUUGCUGACCAAAACCUGCGGGCGCAGAAUCGGAUAUCUGGCCAAGGAGGCACAUCAGAAUCUUGUUACUUGGAGGUUCCGACGGCGCACACGAAUGUGCAGACCAAGGGAACUACGAGCUCUGACAGUCUGGACCAAAGCUCCCUAGAAGACUCGCUGAACAACACAAGGACACUUUCAGCACCUGGUGAAUCGAGCACACCGCUCGUUCGUAGUUCUGAAAGACUGGCUGCCAAACGUUGUGGUCUGCAAGCUGAAUCACUGGAAAGUCUUUACUUUACCCCCAUAAAUACAAGACAUGUCAAUAGGACCAGCACAGAGCAGAAAACAGGACGGGAUUCAGUCUUCAAAAAUCCAUCAUCUUCUGUCAAAAGACGCAGGACCACACAGGUUAUAAACAUCACCAUGACUAAGAAAACUUCAGGUGACGUUGAAGGUGAGGAGUCUUUCUACAGCCCAACUUUAGCUCGCUCGCAGCCCAACCUCUCCAGCGCCCAUGCCGCACGUCCUGUUUCCAUGGAGCUUUUUGACACGCCCGCUAAAUUGAGCGAGGCUGCCAGCGAUCAACUCAUUGGUCUUCCUGGGUAUCGGCGAAGCACGCUCCACUCACAGACCACGAGCACGUUCUGUGUCGGGGCAGAGAACGAGCCAGAUGGUGCACCCAAUGACUGGAUGAGGAUCGCAGAGCUCCAGGCCAGGAACAAAGCCUGCCUUCCUCACCUCAAGAGCAGCUACCCUGUGGAGUUUGAGCCCUGCCAAAAGAGCGCGUUUAUUUUCUCCGACGAAGAGGUGCGUAAUGGCGACCCAUUAGAAACCAUUCGUCGGGCCUCUGUUAUGCCAGGCCAGCUGCAGGACUCUCUGGCUUCUCAUCGCCACUCCCUCAUGCCGGGACAGUCCACUACGGCAGCCGGCACUCGUUCUCACCGUUUGUCCUUGAUAGCUGGCCAGCCGUCAUCCAAGUCGAUCAGAUCCUCUCAGCCGAGAAGCCCGAAAUUCACAAAGCGGUCGGCGUCAACCUUAUCUGUCCAUCAGUCGUCACCUGAGAAAAAGUUGAAGGCCAGCUGCUUCCCCCGUCCCCUCACUCCCAAAAACAAGAACAUCAACAGUGGACCCUCCAGCGCUCGACUCCACCCUGCCCUCAGUCCAGCUGAACGCCGGCAGUCCACCGUGUUCACAAUCAACAACACCCCAAAGAAAAACGGCAGCUAUCUGAAAAAUGGCCUUAGUAAGCUACGGAGCUCCACCCGCAAAUCGCCAGGCAAAGCCUCAAAGAGGUCUCCCGCCGACGCGCUGUCCAAAGAAAACAUGCCGGCCGCCACUUCUCGUGCUGCAGCGGGACGAGCGGGCAGGUGUGGCAGCUUCAAUUCGCCCCAAGUGGUCUCUAAGGAGACCAGGAAAUCCCCGCAAACCGUCAGCAGGUCUGCAAAGUCUCCACGGCUGACAGCAAGCUCUCGCAAGAUGAUGAUGAUGAUGAGGAAGAAGAUGUGAGGGGGGGAGGCGGGGAAAGGCCUUAGUACCUCAUCCAAGCAAACGUUCACUUUUUUAAUGCUUUUUUACACACUUUUAUUUUCUUUCUUUUUUCCGCCCUAUGUAAUUAUUUUUACAGUUUUGUCUUCAACAUUAAAAUGUUUGAAAAACAACUACUAGUGCUUUAAUGUGAUGGUUUUCCUCCGGUAUACAGUCGUCCAGUCCAAAUGUUUCUUUUUCAUAAGAGACUCAUUUACAACAUCUGAGGUCACGCUCGGACACGAGUGCUGCCGAGCUGAAAGAAAGUGGAAAAAGGACAUGUUGAAAGUGUCUGGGGCGGGGGGUAUUUUAGAGGACCCUUAUGAAAUGAUCAGAUAGCUGUCUGCAAAGAGCAAUAUACCAUAUUUCCAAUAACAGUCAUAGGCCUCAUGUUCUUUUUAAUGUUUUAAAGCGGAUUGUGAAACCACUGGAGCGGUUCCCGCUGUGUCAUUAUGUUAAAAGUAUUGGUCUUUUUUUAUUGGCAAAAUUUCCACCUGUCGAUCUGUAGCCAUUUAUUGCAC